AUGAUGGUUUUUGAAUCUAAAUUAAGUAAUAAUUUGGUGAUUUCUUUUAAAGGAACACAAUCAAUUUCUGAUAUAAUUUCGGAUUUAAACUUUAUUCCAAUUAAAUGUAGAAUUACUUUGGAUUGCGGGAAAGUACACUUGGGUUUUUUGAAAGAGUAUAAUGACAUAUCUGACCAUUUACAUAGAGUAAUGACUUCGCUAGACCAACCUUAUAACAUUUAUUUUACUGGACAUUCAUUGGGCGGGGUGUUAUCAGUACUUGCAACAAUGGAAUAUACAACAAGGCCUAAAUUAGAUAACAUUAAAAGUAUACAUUGUAUUACCUUUGGACAACCAGCACCAGGCGAUGAAUCGUUUGCAAAUUUUAUGAACCUAUACUCUAAAAAUUAUACAUAUAGACGUUAUGUUAACAUUAAUAAUCAUACUGACACCUUCCUAUACGACCCAAUAACCACAUCAUAUAAACAUCAUCCCAAUGAACCACUCUUAUUAAAUUGUAAAAAAAAUCAGUGCCCACCCUUUCCUAUUGGAUUGCAUUUUUUAGAUCUAUAUAAUGGCAAUAUUUAUAAUCCCCACUAUGCAUCAUGUAAUACCAAUUGCAAAUUUUACGAAUCUAAUUCAAGAUUUUAUAGGUAUCGAUACUAUCAUUGCCCAAUAUCAUCUAAAUCAGUAGUUAGUGGAACCUUCAACCCAAGAGGUUUGUUACCGGAUAAAUACUCAGUGUGUCUAUUUACAUCAAAACGACAAUUUUUAAACUACUCCUACAGAAAUUCACAAAGCUGUCAUCUAAGAAACCAUGAACCUAAUGUACCAAGUAUUAUAGUAAACCAAUCGAAAAAACCAAGAUCGUUUAGGAAGGAUACCAGUGGUGAAGAUCUAUAUAUCGUUGUAGAAAAUCAUAACACUGUAUUGCCUACAUCAUCAUUUGUAUAUAAUAUAUCAUUCAGUAAUCCAAUAUUAACACCAAAUUCACCAUUUAAUUUAAGUUGCCAAGUAUUAACAGAACACAAUGAUACCAUGGAGAUACAAGUUUCAUUUACAUCAAACAAUCAGCAUUUAGCAUCCUCCGCAACUUUAAUUACCUACAAUGUCUAUGUUAGUCAAGUUAAUAAAGAUUGGAAAAAAUAUGUAUUUACAGAACCAGUAUUAUUAAGAUAUAUCAAUAAAAGAAUUAAAAAUAUACCUAAAGGUAUUUACAGUAUAGUGGUUACGGCAAACAAUAAUAGUUUCGAGUCCCACACAUCAAAUUAUUUUAUAAUCUACCACAAUAAUUAUUAUCAACAUAAAGAAAAUAUAUAA